AUGGCUUGGAAAAUUAGUCAAGAUUUGAGUCAAGUUGGUGAGUCUUUUAAUGCACUUGGAACUAGGGAAUAUGACAGUUCUUUAAUUAGGCAAGCAAAAAAUCCAGAUCUAGGAUUAGCUUCUUCUUCUUCUUUGAGUCAAGAUCUAGUGGAGAAUGAAAGAGUUGAGCAUGAAAGGGCUGAUGAUGAAUCUUCAAUAGAUUGGACUGAUUCUGAAGAAGAAGAAGAAGUUGUCCCUUUUGUCCAACAAGAAACUGAACCUUCUGUUCAAGAAGAAGUUGAACCAACUGUCCAUGAAAAUGCAGAACAUGAUAUAGACAAUGAUGGUGAAGAUUUUGACCAGUCUGUUGACUAUGGUAGUAAUGUGCAUGAGGAAUUGAGAAUUGUGAAGGAAGAUGUGAGAAAGUUUAAUAGAGAAAAUAGGAGGAACAAGAAGAAGGAAAAAACAAAAGGAUUUUUAGGUGAAGUUGGACUUGAUGAAGGGUAUGAGGGUAUUGAAAAAGGCAAGAAGAAUUUUAAGAGUAACCUAAUAGAGGAUGAGCCAUACUAUGACAGUUCUGAUUGUGAUAAUUAUCAAAGUGAUGAUGACUUACUACCUGUUUCUAAUGAUGAACUUGAAGGGGGGAGUUUAAGGGGAAGAAAAAAGAGUAAUAGAGUGAUAUAUAAUUCUACUUGUGAUGUUGUAAUAUGGCAGUGUUGGUUGGUAUUUGAAAGUGUAAAGGAAUUUAGAGAGGCAGUUACAAAAUAUGUUAUAAAGAAGGGGGUUGAGUUAGACAAAUAUGUGAAUGAGAGUACAAGAGUAAGAGUGAAGUGUAAAAGUGGUUGUCCAUGGUUGUUGUAUGCUAUCAAGGAAGGAAGAAGUGAGAACUUCACUAUCAAGACCUACAACCCAAGGCACAAAUGUACCAGAACCAACACUAAUUUCCUCUGUAAUUCUAAGUUUUUAUCAAAGUAUCUGAAAGAUAGGAUUAUCUCUCAACCUAGGAUCAAAGGGUGGGAAAUUCAGGAUUGGGUGAGGAAAGAGUUGAAGGUUUAUGUAGGCAAGACAGUGUGUUUAAAGACAAGAAAAUUAGUUUUGCAGGAAAUUAUAGAGGACCAUGUGGCAGAAUUUAACAGAAUCCUAGACUACAGGGAUGUCUUUCUCCAAACAAAUCCUGGCAGCAUUUGUGUUGUGAAACUUGCAUAUUCAGAUAAUGGGAUGAAACAGUUUCACUCUUUCUAUAUAUGUUUUGAUGCUAUGAAAAGGGGUUUCCAACAGGGAUGCGGAAGAUGUAUAGGGCUGGAUGGGUGUUGUUUAAAAGAAAUUUGUAAAGGUCAACUCUUGAUAGCUGUUGCUAAGGAUGGAAACAAUCAAAUGUUUCCAAUAGCAUGGGCAGUAGUUGGUACUGAAAGCAAGGAUACUUGGAGAUGGUUCAUGACCAUUUUGCAAGAUGAUCUUAAUCUAGGAGAUGGUUCCCGGGUCAAUAUUAUUAGUGAUAUGCAAAAGGGACUAGUAGCUGUUGCAGAUGAAGUAUUUCCGGAAUGCGUGCUAGGCACAUAUUAUCUAAUUGGUCACAAAACUGGAGAGGCAUAGAAAGAAGGAAGAUAUUCUGGAGUUGUGCUAGAGCCACUUUUGAGGCACAAUUUAAGCACAACCUAGAUGGUCUAGCAAAGCUGGGAAGAGGUAUUGUUGAAGACCUUAUCAAUUACAACAAGGAGAAAUGGUGCAAAGCUUAUUUCAAGACUUUUUCCAAAUGUGAUAGCGUAGAUAACAACAUGGCAGAGAGUUUCAAUGCUUGGAUCUUGGGACCUAGGAACAAGACUAUUGUUUCUACGUUGGAAGAAAGCAGAAUCAAGUGAUGAAUAGGGUGAAUAAGUCAAGAGCAUUUGCUAAUUCUUAGAUAGAGAAUAUAUCUCCAAUGGCAAUGAUGGUAUUUAAUGCCAAUGUAACAAGAUCAAUGCAGUGUAACAUUGAUUGGAAUGGUGAUGAAGGAUUUGAAGUGUUAGAAGGGACAUACAAGCAUAUUGUGAACUUGGGACUACAGAAAUGUCGUUGCAGAUCUUGGGAGUUGAAAGGCAUUCCAUGUACAUGGUAUAGUAGCAAUGAACCACCUGAACGUGGAUGCAUCACAAGCAAUUUCAAGCUGGUACAGAAAAGAGACAUAUCUGAAGGCUUAUUCUCAUUUUAUUCAACCAGUUUCAAACAUGAAAAUGUGGCCAGAAAGUACAAAUCCAAUAGUUGAACCACCUGAGGUAAGAAAAAUGCCUGGUAGGCCACCAAAGAACAGAAGAAAAGAGAUUGUUGAAGUGAGAAAAGCUGGGAAGUUGCUAAAAUUAGGGAUAGUUAUGACAUGUUCAAUCUUCAAAAGAGUAAAUCAUAACGACAAAAGUUGUCCAAAAAAUCCUAAGCCUAAGUCCACACCAACACCCACACGAGUCACAACAGUCCUCCACUGGAAACAAAAAGGGUAGAGGCCAAUAUGAAAGAGCAAGUAGCAACAAUACCCGUAAGGCAAAAAGAAGAGGUGAAGGAAGUGGUUACAAGAGGCCAAGAGUUGUGGGACAAGGUGUAUUUGUUUCUGAUAUUGGAUAUAUUUGUAUUAAUCAAGGAAUGGCUAGUAGUAGGACGGUUAAUACUGUGGUACAGAGUUCUGCACAUGUGACAGGUGAUAUUGGUUAUCAACCUAUCAAGGGACUGAAGUGGAAAGGCAAACAAGCAAUUACUCAAAGAGAACUUCAAGUCUGAAGUGUUAUGCAUUGUGUUCAAACCAGAUCAAGUGCUGCUGGAAUUCAGACAAGGGCACAAGCCAAGGGAAAAUCUCCCUUAAAGAAAUCUUAUUUUGUUAAUGUGUGGUUGGUAACUGUUAAUGUACUUUUGGUAUAUUUAGUACUUGUGGUUGUUCAACCAAACUUAAAUUAGUGACUGUUUUUGUGUUUUGGUGAUUGACUUUUUAAGUAUUAUGGUGGUGGUUGGUUGAAAGAAUGAAGCACUAUGUUGUGUUUCAUGAUCAAGAAAAACGUAUGGAAUGCCACUACUUAUAUUAUUACUAUGUUUUAUUA